AUGAAGUUCACAUCCGCCAUCCUCCUCCUCGUCUCCGCCUCCACCGCCUUCGCCGCCGCCGUCCCGGUCCUGGAGACACGUGAGCCCGCCCAUUUGGUUGAACGCAGCGACAUCGAAGCACGUCUCUGGAAGGCUGAACGGGUUCCACGGGACAUUGAAGCCCGUGAGCCCGCCCAUUUGGUUGAACGCAGCGACAUCGAAGCACGUCUCUGGAAGGCCGAACGGGUUCCACGGGACAUUGAAGCCCGUGAGCCCGCCCAUUUGGUUGAACGCAGCGACAUCGAAGCACGUCUCUGGAAGGCUGAACGGGUUCCACGCCGCGACAUUGAAGCCCGUGAGCCCGCCCAUUUGGUUGAACGCAGCGACAUCGAAGCACGUCUCUGGAAGGCUGAACGGGUUCCACGCCGCGACAUUGAAGCCCGUGAGCCCGCCCAUUUGGUUGAACGCAGCGACAUCGAAGCACGUCUCUGGAAGGCUGAACGGGUUCCACGCCGCGAUAUUGAAGCUCGUGAGCCCGCCCAUUUGGUUGAACGCCGCAACAUCGAAGCUCGUCUCUGGAAGAAGGAGUGA